UAAUAGCAUUGCCCUUUCAUUUUGGCCACCUACACUGACGGAGCUACCAAGAAUUCUAUCUUUGACACCGUUCUCAAAUUGCUCUCUGUUUCUUUUUGUAAUUGUAAUGUCAAUUGCUCUCUGCUUCAAAGACUAGUCCCCAACAUUCUCCAAUUCGAUGACACCAUUACUCUUUCAAAAUUCUUUUUUGUCAAAGACGAAUCCAGCUAAUUCAUCAGCCAUGAAUUUGAAAUUUUUGAAGAGAACUAGAGGAAGAUUUUGGCAAAAAUUGAAAGAAAAGGAGCUUCGAUAUAAACAUUGACCCCGCUCGCUGCAAAAAGGUACGUUUUUCAUCAAUUUUUCUGGAAUAGCAGCUGAAAUUUAGUUCUCUGAUUUCCUCAUAAGUUGCAGAUGUAAAUAUGACUUAAAAUAAAUUAAUGAGAUUUUGCUUUGAUAUUGGCAACAGUAAAUUUGUAUUGUUGGCAAUACACUUUAUUUUUGCCUACAAAAUAGGUGGGUUGUGGCCUAAAACUUAGCUAAUUAUUUUCCAGUUUUCCGCCAAAAUCAAACGCGCCAAAAUUUUCUCUUGUUAAUCACUUUUUCCGGAUUUUUAGCCCACUAUUUUAGUUGCUUUGGGUAAGUUUUUUGUUGCUGCCAUAUUUUAUUUGAAAACAUAGUUGUUUUAAAAUAUAAUAAAUUAGCAAUAAUUUAUAUUUGGUAGAACCCUUAAUUGUCUCAACAAGUUCUGUUCACGCCUUAAUUUUCUCAACAUGUUUGAUUAGUGGCCUAAGAUUUAGCUUAGUAUUUUUCAACUUUCCGCCCAAAGAAAAGCGGCAAACCAGUUUCUUCCUUUUAAUUAUCUUUUCCUUAAUCCUUAGCCUAUUUCAGUUACCAUUCUAGCAAGGUUUUCUCCUUUAUUAUUCUACAUCUCUGAGCAAUUGGUUCUGGUCUAUUCUUUGCUUCGUUAUUUCUCGUCUACAAAGUCUGGUGAGUCUUGCUGAUUACUAUUUAUCUAUAGUGUGUUCCUUCGCUUGUAUCACUGUUCGUUCAAUUUAUAUGCUGUUAUUUUUACUGUAUUUUAGUAUACAGUCCUUCUCUGACCUUUUCCUUAUUUAUUUUUUUGCUAAAUUGACAGCAAAAAAUUGAGGGACAGUUAAUAUUUUAUAAUUUGUAGGUUAUUAUAUGAUGGAUAAAAGUUGGAUACUUCUUAGGAAUAGGGCAUUACCAGAAUACUUGAAUGGCGUGGAACAAUUUUUAAACUUUGCAUUUUCAAAUCCUAAUAUUGGUUUAAGAAUUCAAUGUUCGUGCACUAACUGUAACCAUGUGCGUAGGAAAACACGAGAAGAAGUGAAAAUAGAUUUACUUAGGUGGGGUAUAGAUCCAACAUAUAAUAGGUGGAUUCAUCAUGGUGAGUCAGAUUUAUCUUCAGAUGAUGAAAUAAAUUCUAGUGCAAAUUCAGAUUUAGGAAAUGAUGAUGAUGCCACUUUCGAGAUGUUGCAUGACAUGUAUCACGGUGUUCCUAUAGAUAAUAUAACUCAUGAUCCGUCUGAUGAGUCGGCUGAGUCUAGAUAUGAAGAACCUAAUGCAGAAGCUAAGAGUUUUUAUCGGUUGUUAAAGGAUGCAGAGCAGAAGUUACAUCCAGAUUGUGAAAAGUUCUCGAAGCUCUCUUUUGUAAUGCGUCUUUUUCAAAUGAAGUGCUUGCAUGGUUGGAGUAAUACUUCAUUAGACUCUUUGUUAAAACUAUUAAGUGAUGCCUUUCCCAAAGGACAUGUGCUCCCUAAUUCUAUUUAUGAAGUUCAAAAGAUUAUUAAAGAUUUGGGUCUGGAUUAUGUGAAAAUAGAUGCUUGUGUUAAUAAUUGCAUCUUAUAUAGAAAGGAAUAUGCGGAUCUUGAGCAAUGUCCUAAAUGUGGUGAGAAAAGAUGGAUAGUACGGAAAGGAGGAGAAGAUGACAAUGAGGUUGCUUCAAGUAAAUUGAAUAAGAGAAAGAAAGGAAUUCCUAGGAAAAUUCUUAGAUACUUUCCUUUGAUCCCAAGAUUACAACGAUUGUUUAUGACUAAACGAACCGCAGAAGAUAUGAGAUGGCAUAAAGAUAAGCGAGUUGAUGAUGGAGUAUUAAGGCAUCCAGCUGACUCACUGACAUGGAAAACUUUUGAUGAGAACCAUUUGGAUUUUGCAUCAGAUCCACGUAAUGUAAGACUUGGACUUGCUUCAGAUGGUUUUAAUCCUUUUGGUUCCAUGAGUAAUGCCUACAGUAUGUGGCCAGUAUUCUUGAUUCCGUAUAAUCUUCUCCCAUGGCUAUGCAUGAAACAGUCUAAUAUUUUAUUAUCCUUGCUUAUUCCUGGCCCAAAAAGCCCUGGUAUGGAUAUAGAUGUGUAUCUCCAACCUUUGGUUGAUGAUUUGAAAAAAUUAUGGGCGGAUGGAAUUGAGACUUAUGAUGCUUUUAAGCAACAAAAUUUUCAAUUACGUGCUUCAUUGUGCAAGUAAACCACAUACAAAUUGAGAACAAAGUAUAAGGGUUAUGUGAUCAUCCUGGCUGGAACUGCAUUUUCUAAUAUAUUCCCGUUGAUUCUACUUCAGCAAAGUUUCAUUGCACAUUAGAUUGUAGACUGAGGUUAUUUUGUUCUUAGUGAUAAGCCAAAGUUAUCCAUCUGAAAUCUUGCUCUUUGUUUGCUCUUUGUACAAAAAUUGAACUAUCAUAUAUGCUGCUCAAUAUAACCGUUUAGUAAUCAUUUGAUUGCCUAGUUGGAACUUAUUUCUUGAACUUAGUUGUGGUUCAUCAGUUAAGUUGUUAUUAAUUAGACAUUGUUGUCGUACACCUCUAAUUUUGGCUUCUAAUUCUUGAAGUAUUUUUAUUUUUCCUAAGUCGGGGGUCUUCCGGAAAUAACCUCUCUGUUUUCUUGAAGGUAGAGGUAAGGUCUGCGUACAUCGUACCCUCCCCAGACUCCACUUAUCAUGAAAUUAUACUGGGUUUGUUAUUGUUGUUAAAUACAAUGUAAGUUUUAUUUAAUAACAAAUUGCUUUAUUUUGUUCUUUUAUCUGCUUCUUUUUUUAAAAUUCAAUUAUAGUUUAGUACUAAUACAAAAUAGUCAACUUAAUUAAUUUUUUUCUUUUUUGCAAAUUCCUUCCUUAAAAUUGAAAGCCUCAAAUUGCUUUAACAAAUCUUCUGCCACAAUCUUCUUUAACAAUCACUUUGAAUGGGCAAGAGAAACUAAGAGUUUGAGACUCUUUUUCAAUUCUUUUAGUAUAAACAUACUCUUAAUCUUAAUUUCUCUAGUAAGUCUUUGAUAAUUUUAAGUUUGAACGCCCUUUCCGAAGAACACUCUCUCUCCCCCGUUUAGUGCUUUCUUUUUCUUUAGAACUUCUUUUUGUUAAUACUUGGAUGAUAAGUCAUCAUAAUCAUUAAUUUUCAAAGAGUUGCACGCCAAAUUUUAUCGCUGGUGAUUAGCAUAUACAGUGGUGCCCCCGUCAUGCUCAAAUCCUGGGUCCGCCUAUGUAUAGGAGAAGAGGUUGGAUGCUAAAAAAAGGCCAUUUUGUUCAUCCUUAGCAGUGAAGUUGGGAGAAGGCAUCCACCUUAGCAUCCACACCUGGGCGCAGCAAGGAUGAGGGAACAAAGGGUGGACGCGAAGCAUACACCCCAGUAUCUUAUGCUGAAAAGUUCAAGCUGAGGCAGACUUGAAGCUUCCAACUCAACAUCAAUCCCUGAAGUUGAGUUGGAAAAGGAAAAGGAAAACUUUGGCCCACGACUUUUGUAUGCAAUAUAUAAGUCAAAAACGCCUCUUUUAGAUCAUCCAACACAUUGGGAAGCAAAGUCAUCAUAGAGUAUGGAAACCACAGAAUUCGUCUUGAGUUCUUACUUUUCCCUUCUUUUAUAGAUUUUUAUGUAUUCUUGGGAGUUAAUUGAGAUUACUACCAUGAUUAUGAGUGGCUAAACUCGUUUAUUCUGGGGUUAUGAUUUUACAUGAAUGUUGAUAUUCGAAUAUUGAUUUGACGAGUUAAUUUAUCAUAUUGGGUUGUUUAUUCA